GAAAAAUAUGUCAGUCAGAGAAUCACAAGCCCACCUCCUCAUACCGUCCCCUCGUUUCACGGAGCUACGGUUGCUCGCUGCUCUCCCACUCCAACCAUGGCCGCCGCCGCCACCGCCGUGCCGGCUUCCUCCCUCCUCCGCCUCCCCCCGUCGCCCUCCCUGUCUCCUCCGCUCUCCCCACCUUCCUCACCGGUUUCCCCGCAGCGCCCGAGGGCCCCGCGCAGGUGGCAUCCCCUCUCCCUCUCCGCGAAGCCGCGCGCCUGCGCCUGCGCCGCCGGCUCCGACUCCUCCUCCAAUUUCGGAAGUCAAGCAUCACUGAUGCCACCGUUCAGCUUUACGCUUGGCGAAGGUUCUUCUAGGUCCAAAAGGCCAUAUAGAUGGCAAAGGGUAUUGCUUAAAGUAAGUGGGGAAGCUCUGGCUGGAGAUCACACAGAAAACAUUGACCCAAAUAUUACAAUGGCAAUUGCACGAGAGGUUGCUUCUGUUAUCAGGCUAGGCGUAGAGGUUGCUGUUGUUGUUGGUGGGGGCAAUAUCUUUCGUGGGGCCUCUUGGGCUGGAUGUAGUGGGCUUGACCGCUCAUCUGCGGAUUACAUCGGCAUGUUGGCCACGGUGAUGAAUGCUAUAUUUCUUCAAGCAACAAUGGAGAGCAUUGGAAUACCGACCCGUGUCCAAACUGCCUUCCGUAUGUCAGAGGUUGCAGAACCAUACAUACGCCGAAGAGCUGUCAGGCAUUUAGAGAAAGGAAGAGUUGUUAUAUUUGCUGCUGGAACAGGGAACCCAUUCUUUACAACUGAUACAGCUGCUGCUCUCCGAUGUGCAGAAAUCAAUGCAGAGGUAGUGCUUAAAGCAACAAAUGUUGAUGGUGUGUAUGACGCGGACCCCAAGCUUAACCCAAAUGCCCGCCUUCUUGAGACUGUGAGCUAUCAUGAAGUGACGUCAAGAGACCUUUCAGUAAUGGAUAUGACUGCCAUUACGCUAUGCCAAGAAAACAACAUUCCCGUUGUCGUGUUUAACUUGCAAAAGCCUGGAAAUAUUGCAAAAGCUAUUGUUGGUGAGAAGGUUGGAACCUUUAUUGGCUGCACAAGAAAUCAGGAACAAAACGGAAAUGCACUGGGUUAAGAAAGAAGAUUGGUUAACGAGGUGUGAGCUCAACAGCUGCACGAGUGUAGAGGUUUUGGGGGGCUGGGGGCUGGUGGUGGAAUUAAACUAGAUUAGCUAUCAAAAUUCCGUAGUUGUAACCUUCCAAGAAGAGACACUUGGACCAAAAUUUUCCAGCCAAGUGGUGCUAUGCUAUGUACAAUAGACUCGAGGACGACCUAAUAAAAAGUAAAUUUGUAGA